UCUAAUGUUUUGUCGGGAAGUGACGUGAGGUUAGGUGUGAAUUUGUCUUUUAGCCCAAGAAUAGUUGUGAUCUCAUAUAACGUAGAAGUUUCACGACAUUGACAUCUAUUUAAAGAUAAAUACAGUUCACGUAAUUAAAACUUUUCCCAGUUUUUGUUCCUUUAUAAUUUUUACAGGUAUGACAUACAAUCUUUUCCCCGUGAAGAGCAAUACGAUUGCUCGAAAUUUGACUAGUCGUGACGGAUACAUUGACGUAAUAUACUGUUGAUGUUUGGUAUGUCAAUAGCUGUGGCGUAUCUUCAAGUUUGUGAACUGCUUUGACAUUGUGUGGAAAGUCUCUGGCUCAGAGGGUAUUGCCCAGUACAUGUAUUUCUCCCAUUUUAGCUUUGUAUUGUGGGAGGUAUUAAAGUUUGGGGAAGUGGAUUUGCAGAGGAUGUUAAAUGACAUUGUUCUGUGUUUCUCCGAUGUUUUAAAAUGGCGUGUUUUUACAUUAAUUAUUUAGCGACUGCAGAAAACCGCGCUCGGAGAUUUCAGAUUGGCUCAGUUUGAAUGAUAUUUCAGUGCCUGUCAAAUGUUGUGUGUAGGUCGGUCAAGGCGUUUCGGUGACAGAAGGGCUGAUCAUGACUUGUGAAAGUUAUUGAGUGUGGAGUGGUAUAUUUAUAUUAUUUUCAGCUGAGAGCUUACGCUCGAGUAACGGUGAUAUUGAAGAGUGAAUGAUAGCAUUAUGGAUCGAAGUGAAGACCGACGCAGACUUGGUGCCAGUUUGGAGUUGCAGGACGCGUAUGACACUAGACAGGCAAAACAGCGGGCGUCAAUAAAAUGGUUGCUAUCAAAAGCAUACAACAACAAAGUUCCUGAAAACAUCCGAGAACCUUUUUAUCGUGACCACGAGGAUCAGGAACAUUUGAAACCUCAAAUAGUGCAUUCAUUAGCAAAUGCAGAGUUGUACUGCCUAGGUCUUGCUAAUAUAUACUCUGAUCCAAAUUACAACAAUCUAAAUCACUGGGCAAUAAUUCAAGCUCUUGCCAGGAAAGGAGUGUUUGUCAGUGAACCACCAGAUGCCCAGCUGACGGAAACUGUACUCAUUCAAACAACACCACUGAAAUUGAGUGCACACAUGGCAGUAAUAGAAGCAAUGAUGGUACUUUAUGCGAAAGAAGUGGUUACACCAGACCGUGUCAUAGCAGCAAUCCAACGAUUUAGCCAUGACAGGGAUGCUGGUGAAAUGAAGCUUCCUUCAGACCAUGAAGAGGGCUUGAUUCUAUGGAUGCGCCAUGCUACGCUAGCCCUGCAACGUCGGAUUCAUCAAGAACUUGAACAUGGUAUUGCAGAGGGUGAACACCAACAUGUGCCAGAAUUUCCCCCUGUUAGAGAACUGAAGGAUUUGUGUGAUGGUGUCAGUCUGGCAGGAUUAGUGUCAUUCUAUUGUCCUGAAGAACUACCAUGGUCAGAUAUUGUGGUUAGCUCCUUACCAAAGAUAUCUGAUUCAGUCCAGAACUUGAUGCUUGUAUACAACUUCUGCAAUCGAUGUUUACCAAGCUCUGUAUUCCAUAUGAUGCCAGAGGAUGUCACGUACUUGCAAGCAUCCAUGAGGCAGAAUUUGAUUGUCUUCCUUGCUGACCUUUUUAACGUCCUUGAAAUACAUCCUGUUAAAUGUGUGAGGUUUCCUGGUACGGAUAAAUCAUCUUAUUUUAAAGAAGUCUACCCACGGAAUAGCCAAGGGGUAGCACACAAGCGUAGCUUCCCGCAGUCAAUUUCUGCAAUCCCUGAUCUGCGCAGUAACCUUGGAGCUCAUUCAAGCAGUUUUACAGUGUCAAAAUCUUCACCCACGAUUCAAGCAUCUUACACUCUCAAGAAAUCCUACUCACUUCAGCAAAAUGAUAUGCAAACAAAAGGAUCCAUGGAUCAUUUGGAGAAGAACACUAUGCAGGAAGAAAGAAGAGGUGAUGUUGAAGAGCAGUUUGUUGUUCAUCGUGGACGUGGUAUUCCAACACUGAGUGCAGUGGCAUUGUCAGGCCACAGUCAGAGUCAGGAUGAACCAUUAAUACCUGCACGACUGCGUCCAUCGAAAGAACGGACUAAUCAGGACAGCAAGGCAGAUGAAAGAGGGGAACCCAUUGCAGCUGGGCGGCCUAGUAAUUGGGAGGAGCAGCGGCGAACCUCAUAUGCUGGAAGACGUUCCAGACGAAAUUCGGUGUCUGAUGAUUCCCAGUUAACACUGGAGAAUUUUGGAGGUUCUCAAGAAAAUUUGCAGUUCUUGGGCCGCAAUCCUGAUAAGGAACCAGCUGUUCAUACUGGACGCAAGUCUGAGCAUGGAAUAGGGGCUCCUGCUGUUCCUAUUCGAUCAAGCGCACAAGAUGCCCGGAGCAGUGGUGUGGAAUUGGUUCUCGGUGAUAGUGUAAAUGGAAGAGAGAAACAAGAUGAAGAAAAACCAGAUACUGUUGACUGUGCAGUGAUGCCAACUAGUUUCGUUGAACUAUCACAGCGCCGCGGUGAAGUAGGUCAUGCAGGACAUGGGCAGAGAGAUGAGGAAAAAGACUCGGGCAGACUGCAGAGUACAUUCAAUGGAACUAGUGGCGGUAGUGAGAAAAAAACAACUUUUGGUGCCCUUCCUAAUACAACAACGUGGCAGCAACAGAGCUGCACAAGUCAGCAGCAGCAUUCUGACACAGAGACAAAUCAAGAAGAAACUUCUUCAAAUAAUCAUGUAAUGGCAUCUCAGUUACACAAUAUUCGAAUGAAAUUAGAAGAGAAAAGACGGCGCAUAGAGAGUGAGAAGCGGCGUAUGGAACUGGUAAUGAGUAAGCAGCGACAGAAGGUUGGGAAGGCUGCAUUCCUACAGGCUGUUACAAAGGAGAUAUCAGAAGAUGUUAAUUCUGUUGAACAUAAGUGGUUAGACAAUACAGCACCAUACGUAGAAGAAAGGAAGACUCCUGAUAUUGAAAAUAUGGAUAUGGAGCAGUAUCAGCAGUCUAUUGCACAGAUGAAUUCAAGUUUACAUGAGCUCCAGGCUGAUAUACAAAGAUUGGCAUCACAGCAACACCAGAUGCAGGAUUUGGUGCAGCACCAGCAGCAACACCAGAUGCAGGACUUGCUGCAGCACCAACACCAACAGCAACAGCAGCUGCACCAGCAUCAACACCAACAACAGCAGCAGCAGCAACAGCAGCAGCAGCAACAGCAGCAGCAGCUCAUGCAACAUCACCAUGGCCAAUUCUUCCUUCAUGAACAGCAGUUUCAAAAUCUUUCACCUCUGCAGACACAACCGCAGUCACAACCACAGCCACAACGGCGCACUUGGGCACAACAAGCUCCUGUUUUGCCUCCAGAAUUAGUGAGCUACCAGGAAUCUCCCCAACGGCCUUUAUGGACAGAUACAACCAGGUAUCAGCAACCUGCACCAAUUCACCUUCAGCAGCAGCUUCCAACGUACCCUGCACCACAACUACUUGGGAAUAUAGGAGGUGGUUUUGUACUACAUGAAACGAAACAUAGUAUGGGACAUGUUACAGCAUAUGAUGGAGGUGGUGAUAGCCGAUACCACAAUGGUGAACAAGGAUAUCAUCUACAUGGAGGUGGUAGCGGUUUCCAGCUACACCAGACAGAGCCAUCACCUAUUAGUGGAAUGUUCAUUUCCACACCUGUGCAACAAACUGCAUCUCCACAGCACCGAGGAGGCGGUGGAGAUGCUCCUGGUAGAGGUGGUCUAAGCCUACAGCAACCACCUGGAGAUACAGUAAUACUGGAGAAGAACAAAAGUCCUGCUGUGAUGCAUGCACCUGUACCAACACCAUCUGUUGAUGAUAUGGAGCCACAGAGCAUUUCUUUUAUAGGUGCACCAAGUUCUUCAGAUGAAGGCCUGGCCAAAAAUAUAAAAGGACUUCAUAUUACUUCUGGCAGUCGCACAUACCGAAUUCCUUCUCCAACACGACCAACUAUUUCUCAUAACUCCUUCCAGAAGCAUGAACCAGAAGAAUUACCUCAGAGUAAAAUGAGUAGUGAUGUUGACAUUUCCCCACCUGGAGAUAGUGGACCAGAGAAAGGGUUUUACAUCUCUUUUGAUGGUGACUCUCAACCAAAGAGGCCAAAACCACCAUUGAGGAUGAAGAGAUCACCAAAAAAGGAACGUCAGGUUUCACAUUAUGAAAGUUUGGUUGGCGAAAGAGAAGAACUGAGAGGGAAUCAUUCUAGUCAAGAAUCUAACCCACUAAGGGAGCAAGAAGGCAAAGAGAAACCAAAAGAGUCUGAAAGGUUAAAAGAGGUGGAAGAAGGUUCUCAAGGUGUUGGGCUUGUUAUAGGUUCUGAACUUGCUAAUCCAGAUCCAAUGACUCUGGAUGAAAUGGAACGUAAAAAAGAACGCAUAAUGUUGCUGUCCCUUCAAAGGAGACAACAGCAAGAAGAAGCAAAGGCGUUGAAGGAACAAGAAGCACAGCGCAGGCGAGAAAUGGAAAAACUGCGGCAGGAAGAACGAGAACGUAAGAAAGAAGAGGAACGUCUCCGCAGAGCAGCCAUUCUUGAACAGUACAAGCUUAAGAAGGCCAUCGAAGAAGCAGAGAGAGAGGGUAAACUACUACCAGAAAAAGUUGAACUUUCAAAUAUGAAACCUGCUCCUAAGAUGCGUAACAAAUCAUCAGCAAGUUCUCGUCCAAGGCCGAAAACAAUUCAUGUUGACAGUGGUAGUGUGGAUGUCCAAGAAGGUAUACUAAGUCCAAGCCGAAGUAAAAAAGGAUCAACAUCAAAUCUCACAGACACAGUUUACAGCCAAAAUCUGAGGAGGGAUUAUUAUCGUGGCUCACAGGAUAGUUUAACAGAAAGAUUCGAAGAGCGGAGAGGUGGUCCAACCUCUCUGUUCAGAGAUUCUCCAGAUGAUGGUCGGGGAGCAUCACCUUGUCGUAGUGUCAACCAACUUGGCAGGAGAGGAUCUUACAAAACUUCACGAGAUGUUUCGGAACCAGGUCAAGUUAGAGGUCGACAGAAAUACCCUACUUAUCAGGGAAACUUUAGGGGAAGGAAAUCAAAUUCACUUAUGAAUUUAAGUGGUUCAAGCACAGAUCAGGAUAGCAUGGUCUAUCGUUACACAGAUACAGACUCUGGUUUGGGCAGAGCGACUCCUCCAAGAAGAGCACCAUCUCCAGGCACAAGCAGCAUGCGCCACCUACCUUCGCCAUCAGGUCCUGGAUCGUUACCACCUGGGUUGAUGACAAAGAGACGGAUUUUUGAUGAUGGGUCUAGUGAUGUCAGUUCAACGCCAAGUUCCAUGAUGGAAUAUACAGGUCCAAGACUGUACAAACAACCAGCAACUAAAUCAAAUCGUGGAAUAAUGCUGAAUGCUGUGGAAUAUUGUGUUUUCCCUGGUGUUGUCAACAAAGAAGCUAAGCGACGAGUGUUAGAAGAAAUUGCUCGUUCAGAAAGCAAACAUUUCUUAAUCUUAUUUAGGGAUGCUGGCUGCCAGUUUAGAGCCCUAUAUUCAUAUUGUCCGGAUCGAGAAGAAGUGCUAAAAUUGUAUGGGACCGGCCCUAAACAAGUGAAUGAUAGAAUGUUUGACAAGUUCUUCAAGUAUAAUUCCGGUGGCAAAUGUUUUUCCCAAGUCCACACAAAACACCUUACAGUCACAAUUGAUGCUUUCACCAUUCAUAACAGUUUGUGGCAAGGAAAAAAAGUGGCUCUGCCUAAUAAGAAAGACAUGGCUUUGGUUAUAUAGUUAUUACAGAGUAAUUUAUGUAUUUUGUGCAUAAUCAAGGAUAACCUUUUUUAACAGACUGCGGCGCAAUCAAUCAACAUUCACAGUUGUGAGUUGUCUGUGUAUAUAGUUUUGCACAAGAGAAUUGCCAGUGAAAAAUUACUCUUCAUUGAACAGGUGUAUGAUGUGACCAAAAAAGGAAACGGAGAUUAUAUAUUGCAAACAAGAGAGUGAUCUUCAUAAUUAUGAAGCAGAAUUUUUUAUUAAGAUAACAUCUCAUGUGGUUGUUUUACUCUUUACUUGAAAAUAAAUAAACUCUUUCAUUUGUCUUAGGUAUAGAUCAUUAUGCCAAAAUUAAGCAUUCGGUAUACUUGCAUGAAAGUUUAAUCAUAUCUUCAUCAUUUGGAAUCUGUGUUUUUAAUUCAAGCUUUACAGGCUCUUUUUAAGCAAUAUGUUACUGUUGUUUGUAAUUAUGUAUUUAUGUGGAAGUCUCUUCAAUUAUUUGUGUCAGUUGUUUGUGUGUAUUCUUUCAGUAUUUACAUCAGUUAUAUAAUAUGGAAAACUGUACAGCUUCUACUGCUGUUGAAAUACAAAUAUUUGUAAGAUAGAAAGUGUGUUUGGAAGUUUGUGUAUUUAUGAUGAGUGUGGGAGAAGGGGAAAGCAUUGAGCUAUUUUCAAUACUCCACAAAAUACUGAUAUACAAUUUUCUCUAAGAGCUCUAAAAAAAAAACUUUAGUCAAAUAUGGCCUUUGAUAGAUUUUUGCUUCUUGUUAUCACAUUGCCUAGUUUGUACAAUGUAACAGUAAGAUUCAGCUUGUUAAAGCCAUUAAUGUAAAAUGAAAGAAUGAGGAUUUAUGGCUAACUGUGUGAUAUUUUAUCCUGGCUAUCCUCUUACUUCCAUCAGAGUAUUGAGUCAUAACAUUAUAUAAGGUUUUGUUAAAACCUCUUGCUUGUGACUGAUAUUUGUUUCUAAUGUUUGUAAGUACGCUGCAACAUUCAUUAUAACUGCAUACUGGUUGUUGCUUCAUUGUUAGGUUUUUUAUGUGAUACUUUUGGUCACAGUGUCAUACAUGAGCACAACUGGAUUCAGGGAACUACUCUAGUAUUAAGGUUGUGUUAAUCCCAAGUAGUACUUGAGAUUUGUAUAUAAAUGUAUAUUUUUUAUGUGCUGUGUACAGAUAAUUGUCCUCUAGUAACAAUUUGACCAUGAACAUAUUUUUAUAUUAAUAAAUUAAUAGUAUAUUGCUCCACCUCUUUUCUCUAAAAACUAUUGACUCUUAUUUACACUGUGUUGUAAUGUGUAUAUAUGCUUAACAGUAUUUUCACCAUUCAGAGAAAUUUUCUGUUCUUGGAUUGCAGUUUCCUGAAAAGCUUUAGUGCUAACUUUAUGAUAUAUACUGGAGUGACAACAGCUCCUACACCAAAGCUGUAACAGUAUAGGUAGGUUUCAGUGCAGUUGUUAAAGCUUUGAUGCUUACAGCAUCAGAAUAAAGUUUUAAAAUGUCCACUGGGUUUAUAUGAAAGGAAAUUUGUUGAGAGUAAUCCAGUUGAUUUUAUGAGAGCAUAUGAUGCUAGUUACAAUUUUGCUAAUUUUUUUGUACUGAAUGUGAUACUUUAGGUUUUAACGCCAUUGAUACUAAUGGUACAUAUCCUAAUAAACUUUGUAUGUUUUUGUACAUAUGUGUAUAAAAUAUGUUUUAAUUAGUUAUACAAUUUUCUGUUGAUUGGAAAUGCCAAAAAUCAAAACAGCUUUGCCAUGUAGGCAUAACGUUUUUACUAGCAGCUGAACAUAAAGAAUUGUUCUGUAAUAUUUUGCAACAUUCCACAUCAUAUGUUGUGCAAUAUUAACUUUCUGAGUGAAGACUUAUUUAUGUUGUUUUACUUGGAUGUACUUGUAUAUGAUGAACCUGUUUUUUUAUUUACCCAGUAAUAAAAACAAAAAUAUAUUAUA